AUGCCGCUGGAGGAUGGGGACCCGGUGAGGUGGAGGGGACAACAGGUCAACGGCGAGGUCAGCGGUACUCCCCGGCUCGGGGGGAUGGGGGACCCCCAGCCCCGGGGCACGCCGGCUCCCGAUGGCAGCAAGCCGGGGGCGACGGAGGCGAUGGCAGAGGGCUGGGAGCCGGGGCCAGCGCUGGGUGACAAAGACGUGUCCCCCGGGGGGAGCCCGCAGCAAGCGGGACAGGAGCUGGGGCGGCGUGAGGAAGCCCUGAUGGCUGAGCUCUCGGAGCUGGUGCAGAAGGUGGUGAAGAGCAGCAGUUGGUGGGAACGGCACGGUGUGGACAUCAGCAUCCUCGCCUGCAGCUUCCUCCUGCUCCCGGCAGGGUUCCUGUGCCUGCAGUCAGCUCAGGCCGUCCCUUUCCUGGCGGGUGUCCUCACUCUUGGUGUGGUGCAUCAUACCCUGACGGUGAAGGGCAGCCACCUGGCCAGCCACAACGCCUUGACCGAGUCAAAAUCCUGGGGCAAAGUUUGGGCCAUCUUCUUCAUCGAGCUCUGCUCAGCUUUCACAGCUGAGCAGGCCACCUACAACCACGUGAAGAUCCACCAUGGCUACACCAACGUCAUUGGCCUGGGGCCUCUUGCGGUGCCCAUCAUAACCCCUCUGGUUGCUCUUGAUUUGUUGAGGAACGUGGAGUGGAAAGCAGCUCUCCGGACCCUCUGCUGCAUGUUUCUGGGUCUUUACUGCCAUUACUGGCUGCUGCUCCAUGUCUCAGGCUUCCAGUCGCCGCGGUCUGCCCUGCUCUGUAUGCUGCUCACCCGCUCCCUCCUGGCCCAUCCCUACAUCCACGUCAACAUAUUCCAGCACAUCGGUCUCCCCAUGUUUGCGGCUGAUCGGAAACCCAAGCGGAUCCACCUCAUGAGCCUGGGUGUCCUCAACCUGCCCCGCAAUGCCCUGCUCGACUGGUCCUUUGGCCACUCGCUCAUCAGCUGCCACGUGGAGCAUCACCUCUUCCCCAGCCUCUCCGACAACAUGUGCCUGAAGAUCAAACCCAUCGUCUCCCAGUACCUGAAGCAGAAGAAGCUGCCGUACAACGAGGACACCUACGCCUCCAGGCUCCGGCUCUUUCUGCGGAGAUACGAGGAGCUGAUGGUCCACGCUCCCCCCAUAACGGAGCUGGUGGGCAUCCAGUGA